GUCGCUGGAGGUUGAUGUCACAGGCAGCAGCAGCAGCAGCAGCAGAGUCUUCAGGACAGGACUGAGCUGGUCAGAGAAACACUGAAGAAGAGCUACAGAGAGGAGAGGAAAAAGUGGGCGAUGUUGCAGCUAAGGUCUUGUUUAUGGACACUGUGGAAAGGCUGUUGUUGAUACAGUCCACAGAGCUUUUUAGCUGAUUUUUCAAGCUGAAAGGUUGAGGUAGCCUCAUCGCCGCAGUAUUUUUAGCUCACUUCAGUAAAGGAAUACAAAAAUGUCGUCUCCAAGUCCGGGCAAGAGGCGAAUGGAUACCGACGUGGUGAAACUCAUCGAGAGCAAACACGAGGUCACCAUCCUCAGCGGACUCAAUGAGUUUGUGGUCAAGUUCCAUGGGCCACAAGGAACGCCGUAUGAAGGAGGUGUGUGGAAGGUCAGAGUAGACCUACCAGAUAAAUACCCCUUCAAAUCACCAUCAAUAGGAUUCAUGAAUAAAAUCUUUCAUCCCAACAUUGAUGAAGCGUCAGGAACUGUGUGCUUAGAUGUCAUCAACCAGACAUGGACAGCUCUCUACGAUCUCACCAACAUCUUUGAGUCAUUCCUCCCCCAGCUGCUCGCCUACCCCAACCCCAUCGACCCUCUGAAUGGAGAUGCAGCCGCCAUGUAUCUGCACCGACCCGAGGACUACAAACACAAGAUCAAAGAGUACAUCCAGAGAUAUGCCACUGAAGAGGCUCUAAAGGAGCAGGAGGAGAGGGAAGGGGACUCCUCCUCAGAGAGCUCCAUGUCAGACUUUUCGGAAGACGAGGCUCAGGACAUGGAGUUGUAGUGAAAGGGGAAGCCCCGCCCCCUUCACCUUGCAGCAGACUGACAUGUCCUGAAGAGCAGGAGCAUAGUACUUUAUUCAUAUUUAAGACAAUUUUUUACAGCAACACAAGAAUUUUUAUUGCUACACAAGGAUUUGCAGUAUGAUAUUGCAGAACAUUAACAUUAACUUAGGAGUUCAUUACCACCUGCCCUUCACCCUCUUCACCUCUACAGAGGCCUGUUUGGAUCAGAAAGGAGUGCAUCUCUGUUUCCAUGCUUCAAUCAUGGCUUUUACACUGUCUGGAGGACUAUCAUAGAAACAAGACUGUUUACACACAGUUUCCUUUUUGGAUCAACCAGCAACACCAGCCACAUCUUUUUCUUUUCUUCUGAUUGAAUAGUUUACUCCAUCAUCGGGCUGACCGGGGACCACAGGAUGAUGAAAUAUGACAACCAAGCGUACUCUGCCUCAAAUUGAUUUCCUUUUUCAUUUAACAUUCUCUUUCUCUUUGACACUGAGGAUUCAUCGUUACAAUCAUCACUUCCCUUAAAGGAGCUGAAGACCAGAAGGCAACAGUGCGGCCAAGUGAUCACCGUACAGACUGGACCGGACUGCCCUCUGUGCAAACCUGCUGACUCAGCAUCACACGUCAAACAACCAAUGCACCCAAUAUGACAUCUGUGUGUGUGUGUGUGUGUGUGUGUGUGUGUGUGUGUGUGUGUGUGUGUGUGUGUGUGUGUGUGUGUGUGUGUGUGUGUGUGUGUGUGUGUGUGUGUGUGUGUGUGUGUGUGUGUGUGUGUGUGUGUGUGUGUGUGCGCGUGCGUGUGCGUGCAGGAAUGUAAUUCAGAGAGAAUCAUGGUAUAUAUAUUGAUGAUCUAUGUCGUACCCCUGAUGCCCAAAAAAAAGAAGGUUCAUAAUACUUCUCAUUCUUUUCCUCUUAAGCAUCUCCUCUUCCUCCUCCUAUCCCCCCCCCCCCCCCUUCUCCAUUUUAGGAAAGUCUUAUUCGUUCUCUGAGUAUCUCUGUAUAUUGUGGCAUGACACUGAAGUAAAGUUGUGUAAGGCCUUGGAUACAUGUGGAGGAUGCUGGGUGGGGUUUUCCAGAGAUUAUCAAGGUCCCUGUUGAACUAUUGAACUUCUGAACUCUGCCUGUUGCUUGUGUUGAACUAUAAUAGGUGUCUGAAUUGCGUAGGGAUAGUUUCUUUUUAUUUCACAAGUGGUGAAUCCUGUCAUAACACAUGGUUUGAUACUUAAGAGAAUAACUACAUGCCCUGUAAAGAUAAGGAGAAUGGAUACAUCUUUGUUUUUGGGAUGACUUUUUGUUAAAUCAAAUCCUCCAAAGACAUGUCUCAUCCCUGAUCCCCUGCAGCCCCCUCUUCUUAUGCAAAUGUGUCCAUCAAAGAUGAUUUAUGUUGACAGACAGAAGUGCUCAUUGUUUCAGCCAUUCAACACUGUCACAUGUACCAUUUCAUGCUGUGGAUGGCUGGUUGUUACUUCCAAAAUGGUAGGACCAAUAUCUAACAGAUCUGACUUUUUAGUUUCACCUUGAAAUCCUCCUCAGAAUGGAUUGAAGGAUAAACAAGUUUACACUGAGGUGAAAAUAGAAGAUGUAAUAUGUUCCCUUCUCCUGAUUAGUUCAAACUCUUUUUUGUCCUGGUUUACCCCUGGAAGGUGCGUGUGCCUGAAUGGAGGAGGUGUUACUGAGCAGUGACGGUAUACUGUUAAAUUUGCUCCGUUUUUAGGAUAGGCUUUAAGCCUGAUGCAUGUUUUUAAAACAUGCACCCGUUGCAAAGCAGAUCUGUUUGUAUUAUUUCUGAAAGGUAAAAGUUGUAUCUUACUUUAUCACCAUCGAAAUGGACUCUGUCUUUUUGUUUGGAGGAAAAUUAAUCACGAAACAUGAAGUGAUAAUCCCUUUAUAUUUCUUCCAUGUGUAUUUCAAGAGGUUUUCCAUUCAUGUUACAGUUGUUCAAACUUGUAUGUCACCGUUUUGACAUGGCAUGAAAAUGUUUUUAUUAUAUAGCCUAGUAAAAUGGCUCUAAUUAGCCUUGGUAACCAAAUAUAAGUUGGUGUAGGUCUUAGGACUACAUGAUGUCACAGAUAAAAGUCAUUUAAACCACUGUCAAGCCUUGUUAUUUCUCCCCAUCUGGAAUCAUCAGUGUAUAAUGUAUUUUUUUAUAGAUGAGACACAAAUAUUUGAUGCCUAUCAUUUGUUUGAAUGUUUUGAUUUUUUGUCUUAAAAGCCCGGGAUACAAGUUGAUAACCCUGAUUUUUUAAAAUGCAAAAAAAUGAAUAAAUGUGCUUCCCUUGUAACUUCAAGAAAGAAAUAAACAACAAAAAAUUACAAACUA